AUGGCUACUGGAGGUGCCCCAAAGCCCGCUCGUAGCUGCACUGUAAAAAUCAAGAACUGCAGUACUGUCCACUCGCUUAUCAACCCCAAAUUCUGGAUGAACAGCGGCUACAACAGCCAACCUCCCUCACCCACUGUGGACGUGAACACAACGGGGGUGUGUGCCUUCUCCAAGACAGCAGGCGCUGCCACAGGGGCUGUAGGUGUCUUAACUUAUGAACUAUUCAACAAAAAGAAACAAUGUUCAGAUAAGGUGAUAGCUAUCAUGUUCUCUGUGCCUUAUGACUGCAACCUCUAUGACAACUGGCUGGCAGUGGGCAUUUUUGACUGCGCUCAACCAUGUGACGACACACUCUACAAUCUCAUGUACUAUAAGUCUGACUCUAAGUUCCUGCGUGCCAAGGCCACAGACCCUAGUAUAGUGUACACACAGGAGUCAGUGGAGAUCAGAGCAAGCAUGAGCAAUGCAAGAACAGCUGAUGUUCAGGUUGAGAUCCAUGAUAAGUGCUAA